AUGGCUUUUCGUAAUCUUACACGAAAUUUAUUUCAAUUUGCUAAAAUUACGAAUAUAAAUCAGCGUUUAUAUUCUACAAUUCAACGAAAGUCAUUUCGGAUAUCCGAAAUAGCUCAACGUCAUGUUCCCAUUCGAACAUUUUCAGCAGUACAAACAAAUGAUAAUGCUUAUCGUGAUUUAGAAACAUUUCUUCAAAAAGAAGUUCAGUUAGAAAAAAGCGCACAAAAGCAUCCAACUCAAUUGCCAAUUAUUUCAAAUUUUCAGGUUCAAUCAAGCGGGCCAGAAGUAACAUUAACUCGUGAAAUUGGAACUGGAAAAGUUACUGUGAAAUUCAAUGUCACAAAUACAGUCAAUGCAGCUGAUACUGAACAAGAAACAAAUUUAAAUGCAGCCGGACAAGAACAACCAGCAGAUGAUUCACCAACACAUUUGAAAUCUCGGCCAACAUUUACUGUUGAUUUAAAUCGUGGGGGACAAACAUUAUCAUUUCUUUGUUCGUAUUUACCAAAUGAUUAUCCAGAUUCUCGAGAACAUGCAGCAACACAAGAUAGUGAUCCGAAACAUGGCCAUCAAGAACAUAUCUUUGAAGAUUUUCAAAUAGAUGAAUUUACUAUUCACGAUGGAGAAUGGAAUGAAACUGUUUAUAGUUCUGAUUGUUCUGUUAUUGAUGGAGAUCUUUAUGAUAAAUUACUUAAUUUACUUGAAGAACAUGGCAUCGGCGAAGAAUUUGCCAAUCAACUUGUUGAUUUUUCAACUGCUUAUGAGCAUCGUCAAUACAUUGGUUUACUUGAAAAGUUACAUCAAUUUGUUAAAAAAUAA